CACGGACACAUUUGGGAAGCACUCAAUGUCAAGCAUGCGAGCGGGCUUGCGACCCCCUGAAAAAAGUGCUACACACUAUGCAGAUGUCUUGAAAUAGCAGCUCAUGUGGACGACCUUGUGUCUACGGAGGGCAGCCUGUCUCCUGCGGGUGGCAGGUGGCUGCUCGUCCAGACACGCCCCUCAACGAUGCCUGACCACGUUUCCGUUAAGCCGGCAGCCUCCAUGGCACUCUCAGACGCAGGCCUUCGCUGUUCCACGGCUGUGCUACGCCACCAAGCGCUGGUCAGUUUCACUAAAUCUGUGCCGCACCUUCAAGAAAGACACCAAGUCCACCUUGGACAUCCCACUCGGUCCUGUCACGGUGACGGACAUCAAACAUUACCUCCGUUCCAAAGACGUCCCGUUUCAUGACGGCUAUAGCUGUCUGCAUGCCCCUAGUAUUUUCUGCGAGCAGCCACCAGGGGGCUCUGGCACACUAAGCAAAGACGGCUUCUCCAUCUUCGUUGACAAGACCACAGGCCAGUUCCUGUGUAUGGAGACUGGGGUGGAGGGGAGCUGGGAGGACCUCCAGGAUUGUUUGGAGGUGAUGCAGAAGGAGGGUCAGACGUCGAUGAACCCCAACGUGCUGCUGGGGUACCCCGCCAGUCUAGAGGAGCAGGAGGAGAGGGAGAUGGAGCUGAGGGAGGUGCAGAGGAUCUGGUCGAGCGCCGUCCCAUUCUCGGACCUCCAUGACGAGGACGCGCAGCUGGCCAAGACAAUGUUUGGCAUGGGGAAGCUGACUAACGCCACCUUGAAGCGCUUCAACGUCCGCUUCUUCAAGCCCACCAAGAGCCUGGUGUUUCCCUGGUUUGGUGGACGCGACUCGGGGCUUCGGGGCGUCAAGCUCCUCUCGGCAGGAACCGACGCCGCCGGGCAGGUGGUCUACACCGAAGCCACCGUGCCGCGGCCCUCGAGCUACCACAACCUGUUUGGACUCCCCCUUGUCGGCCGCAAGGACUCCGAGGUGGUGCUGACUGGCCGCGAGGCAGACAGUAUGGCGGUGAGCCAGGCAACGGGCCUGCCGUCGCUGGCACUGCCCCGCGGCGUGUCCUGCCUGCCCCCGGCGCUGCUUCCCUACCUGGAGCAGUUCCGGCGCGUCACGCUGUGGCUGGGUGGCGACAUGCGCUCCUGGGAGGCCUCCAAGGUCUUCUCGCGCAAGCUGGGCCUCAAGCGCUGCUCGCUGGUGCGGCCCGGCAACCAGCAGCCCAGCGCAGCCGAGGCGCUGGCGCAGGGACGCAACCUGGGCCGCAUCGUCAAGUCGUCCAUCCCCGCCGCACACAAGUCCAUUGUCUCCUUCAAGCAGCUGAGGGACGACGUGUACGGCGAGCUGUCCAACACCGAACAGGUCGCCGGGGUCAAGUGGACGCGCUUCCCCGACCUCACAAAGAUCUUGAAGGGCCAUCGCAAGGGCGAGCUCACAGUCUUCACAGGGCCAACCGGCAGUGGUAAGACCACCUUCAUCAGCGAGUAUGCCCUGGACCUGUGCAUGAAUGGUGUGAACACGCUGUGGGGCAGCUUCGAGAUCAACAACGUGCGGCUGGCCAAGAUCAUGCUGACCCAGUUUUCCAUGCAGCGACUGGAGGACAACCUGGAGCAGUACGACGCCUGGGCUGACCGCUUCGAGGAGCUGCCGCUCUACUUCAUGACUUUCCAUGGACAGCAGAGCUUGAAAGUGGUGCUGGACACCAUGCAGCAUGCUGUGUACCUGUACGACAUCAGUCACGUGGUCAUCGACAACCUGCAGUUCAUGAUGGGCCAGGAGAACCUCAGCGUGGACAAGUUUGCAGUGCAGGACCACAUCAUCGGAGCCUUCCGAAAGUUUGCCACCCACAGCAGCUGUCAUGUGACCCUCAUCAUCCACCCGAGGAAGGAGGAGGAUGACAAGGAGCUGCAGACGGCCUCCAUCUUCGGCACUGCCAAGGCCAGCCAGGAGGCAGAUAAUGUGCUGAUCCUGCAGGAGAAGAAGCUGGUGACCUGCCCCGGCCGACGCUCCCUGCAGGUGGCCAAGAACCGCUUCGACGGAGACGUGGGCAUCUUCCCCCUGGAGUUCAACAAGGGCUCGCUGACCUUCGCCACCCCGCUCAAGGGCAAGCACAAGCUCCGCAAGGUCAAACUGGAGAAGACGGAGGAGGGAGGUGUAGAGGGAGGAGAAGUGGAGAUGUCGAAGGAGGUGGGGAAGAAGGAGAAAGGGGAGAAAAUAGAGAAACCCGCCAAAGCCCCUAGAACAGCCAAAACUGUGAAGGGGGCGCAGGCGUCAGGCAAGACCAGCCCAAAGGGGGAGGGGAAGGACCUGUAGACACAGCAGGAACUUGAGGAAGGGAUGAAAAAAGGAAAGAAAAGAAAGAGAGAACAAUGGAUGGUGAUAAAGAAAGGGUAAAGUGUUGCUGAUGGAAGAGAUGGAACCCCAAGCAAUACCGGCUAGGAACGAAUUUCUCAAAUCUUUACGGUUUCAUUCACUGAGAGACUGACAGAGCAUACUUGGAGCUAAGUAUGACCGGACCUAAGAAGCUGCUGUGUUUUUUUACAUGUCAUAGCUAAAAUAGGUCUUUCUAGGAUGGAUUCUUGAUGAAGUACAGUAUUAAUGUUUGACCCUAGAAGGGUUGAUGGAGAAGAAGCGCUUAUAAGCUAUGGAACCCAAAGACUGUAACCAUAAUCAUGUUGCCUUUCGGUGCUGAAUAUUACCAAGGCCAGCGUGUGUCUUUCUACUAACAGUGUUCACAGGAGCAUAAUGAAGUUAUAAUAAAGAGGACCCACCUUAAAGGAGAAUUCCGGUGUGAUAUUGACCUAAAGUGUAUUGAAACAUGAUACCGAGUGUGAACGUAUGUCUCAUAGCC